UGUAAAUACCAUGUCAGCUGAUUCUCACCCAGCAUCACCCUGACCAACGCUCAUGCAGUCCACUGCAGCGUAGAAAGUGUUUGUACUGCAGGUAUAAACAGAUCGAGUUUGGUGUUAUGCUGCCGAGACAAAAAUUUGGCGAGGAGCCACUACAUCUUCAUGGCGGCAGAAAUACAUCCCAAACCACAGGCACGGAAACCUGUCCUUCUCUCCAAAAUCGAGGCUUCUCAAGAUGUGGUGAACACGGCAGUCAUAAUUCCGAAAGAAGACGGGGUUAUCAGCGUGUCUGAAGACAGGACAGUCCGGAUAUGGAUGAAGAGAGACAGUGGUCAGUACUGGCCGAGUGUCUACCAAUCUAUGCCAGCUCCCUGCUCCUGCAUGUCCUUUAACCCGGAGACCAGGAGGCUUUCAGUGGGUAUGGAGAGUGGAACAGUGUCAGAAUUCAUUGUGUCCGAAGACUACAACAAGAUGACCCCAACAAAGAGUUACCAGGCUCAUCAGGGCAGAGUAACAGUGGUCCUGUUUGUCCUGGAGAUGGAAUGGGUCCUCAGCACUGGCCAAGACAAAAAUUUCACCUGGCACUGUUCAGAGAGCGGCCAGCGACUGGGCGGUUACCGGACUACUGCAUGGGUCUCUGGACUUCAAUUUGACGUGGAGACGAGGCAUGCCUUUGUGGGUGACCACUCUGGUCAGGUGACCAUCCUGAAAGUGGAGCAGGACAACUGCAGCUUAGUCACCACCUUUAAAGGGCACACAGGCAGUGUCACAGCCCUCUGCUGGGACCCGGUCCAACGUGUCCUCUUUUCCGGGAGUUCCGACCAUUCCAUCAUUAUGUGGGACAUCGGCGGCCGGAAGGGCAUGGCCAUCGAGCUGCAGGGGCACAAUGAGAAGGUCCAGGGGCUGUGCUAUGCGCCACACACCCGCCAGCUGAUCUCCUGCAGCUCAGACGGGGGUAUCGUCAUCUGGAACAUGGACGUUACACGGCAAGAGACCCCUGAGUGGCUGGACAGUGACUCCUGUCAGAGGUGCGAGCAGCCCUUCUUCUGGAACUUCAAGCAGAUGUGGGACAGCAAGAAGAUCGGCCUGCGGCAACACCACUGCAGGAAGUGUGGUCAAGCCGUGUGUGGGAAGUGCUCCUCCAAGCGCUCCACCAUACCGCUCAUGGGCUUCGAGUUUGAAGUGCGGGUGUGUGACAGCUGCCACGAGUCCAGCACUGAUGAGGACCGGGCUCCCACUGCAACAUUCCAUGACAGCAAGCACAGCAUUGUUCACAUGCACUAUGAGCCCACCAGAGGCUGGCUGCUGACCUCGGGGACUGACAGGGUCCUUAAGUUGUGGGACAUGACUCCAGUGGUAUCCUGAGGGUCCCUGUUGCCAGGGGCAACAUUGAGCCACGUCUGUCGAGAAGAGGUCACAUUGUGUACCAUCAUCCUGAGAGGAAGAAGACACAGCUGCAAGAGCAACAACCAAGUCACAUCCAACCACUGUCAGAGCAACAUCCCAGUCAGGUCUAACCAACAUCAGAACAGCUUUACUCAGCUGAGUGCCACCUGGUCCCACUCUCCCAUCUCCUGACAUAGCGUCUCUGAGACACUGCUCCCUCCCGUAGCAAAAGGAAUAGUCAGACAGUAGCUUUUUACAGAGGACACAUUUAGGCCAAUGACAAGGAUUUUUGGUUGGCAACCUGCACACAGAUGAAGUAACUAAUUUUGCCACCCUUCUCCCAUGUUGUCCCUAGAGUUACAGUCAUAGACUUUCCUUAAGCUACACCCAGAGGGACAGCUCAUUUUCUUCAUUGUUCUUGAAAAGUACAAGUCUCCCAAAUCCAAAAUCAACUCUUAAUGUCCAAAACAAAUGUCACUGCAUCAUUAAAUAGUAUCUGUAGAGUCAUACUAUUUUGGAAACUUUUCAAAAAGCACUGUCUUUGUUUAUCGAAAGGCAAAGAUGUUCAUUUGAAAUGAGCUUUUCUCUCUUAUAUAGCACAGUCCCACAAAACAGAAGGAAAAAGCCUCAAUGAUACAGGGAAACAUUCUUCAAUGUUAAUAAUUUUAUUCAAUAAAAUCCAUCCCAAAUCAAGUCACUAGCCACCAAGACCACCACCUCUAAAGACCUGUGGAAAAGGGGCUAAAGUGAACUGAUCAGCCUUUCUAAUGAGAGGCAGGGAUCAUAAACUUGUGGCCUUUGACUAACCCAAAAGCCUUUCGGUUCUUGUGGAAAUUCUGCAGUAAGUUGAAGUGCCACUGCUGUGAUAAUGACUAUGUCAUUUGCCCGUUUGCACCUCAAUUAAUCAGGUCUUAGUGAGGGUAAACCUUAUAUAUAAUCUAUUCUGUACUCAGCCUUGCACUUCACGUGCUACUAAGUAUAUAUUACUGAUGACAGAACACAGUCUAGCAUUCUUACAUUUUUCCUUGUUUUUAUUUGCAUACGGUUAGUUAAAUUCACGUGAGCUCAGAAUGGCAUUUGAAAACUGAUUUCUUGAACUUUAUUUGUCAAAAAUAUAAAUGUAAUGACAGAUAAUUUUUACAGUUACUAUAGCCAUAAUAUGGCCACCAUCAUUAGACAGUGUUUUUUUUGGACAGUGUGUAUUAGAAGUAGGAGAAAGGGAAAAACAUGCAUUUAUUAAUUAUGUAACAGCCAAUUAUAAUUAUAAUAUUAAUAUUUAUUGAAUAUCUCUAUAGGGGCCAGUUUGCACAGCUUAGCAUGAAUGGAUUUUUCCCCACACACAUUUAUCUGGUGGUGGUGAAAGAGUUGCCUCAAUCCCUCAUGAUGAGGUACAGUAUGCAGUCUCCAGCAGUCUUGGCUGGAUUAUUGUGUAUUCCUCAGUCUUCUCACGCUGGAAUGUGUGAGAAUGCAGUUAAAUACAUUCCAUUUUGAACAUAUUGAAGAAUUGCAAUAAAAUUGCUUUUAUUUUCUAUUUUCUACUUUC